CCUCCCCUGCUCUCCUCAUCUCGUCCCGCAUUCGCAGGAACUCGUCCAACCUCGUCGCCCGGCACCGGAGACGAGCUCGCCGGAAGAACCCGCCGGAGCAGCCGCGGCCGCCGCCGGGUAACGACAUGUCCACCGCCGUCCAGAUGCCGGCGGCCCCUCGCCGGUGGGACGAGGAUCAUGACCGGUUGCUGAAUUCUAUGGGGGCAGGAAAUGGGGAUACGUUGACAGUGAACGAUGACAAAGAAACAAGCACUUCCAGUAAAAAUGUUCUUCGCAAGGAAAAAAGCUAUACAAGUUCAAUAAGCUUUUUUGGGGUCGACUUGUCCCCAGACAAUAUUGCAGUUGCGAUGGUCUAUUUUGUUCAAGGUGUCUUGGGCCUUUCAAGACUCGGCUGCAUCUUUAUUCGAAAGAUGAUUGACAUCUAGAUCGAUCCUUCAGAGGUAUGUCGUUGUUUUUGAAGGAUUUUUAAUGAAAAAUCAGAUCUCCUUUGAGAGCAUUCAAUUUGUAUGUUCCAGCAGUCUGAAGAUAGAAACUCGUGACCAUUUCCUCUGAUAGUUGUUAUGCCUCUGUACUUUCCUUAAUACUUGAGAAGAUUCUCUUGUAUCUAUUUUUCAUUUCUAGGGGAAUUAUUCACGAACUA